AUGAAACCAGAAACUUUAGUCAAGAAAAUAAUAGAAGCUAUGGAAACGAAUUCGUCGACUCUAAUAACUUACAACGGUAAAAAAGUGCACAUAACCCAAAAGAUUAUCGAUAAAUACAAUUGCAAAGUCAGAGACGAUAUAGACUUGGAAAGAAUUGAUGAGAAUUUAACUAAAAAAGGUGGAUUUUUACCUUUCUUACCUUUAAUCUUUGCUGGUUUAGCUGCAGCCGUUGCAACUGCUGGUGGAGCUGCUGGGAUAGCCAAAGCUGUCAACGAUAAGAAAGCUGAAGCCGCUGCAAACGCCGAAGCACGUAGACACAAUUUGGCAAUGGAAAGAGGAGCACGAGGAGGUUCGAGAGUAGGAGAUAUAUUAGGGAGGGUUAAAGAAUUCGGACAAAGAUUUGGCGAAGAAACCAAGAAAACCGUUAAAGAGGGAUUAAGCAAAUUAAUAGAUAAAAUCGACACCGGAGAAAUGAAGAUUUCGAUUCUCUGUAUAUCUACACAAAACACCAGAGCAAUCGUAUUCCUCAAAGCUUUAGAAUAUUUACCAAAGAAAGAUGUUCAAGACAUAUUUCAAUAUUACGAAGAAAACGAAGAAGAGGUGGAAAUAAAAGAUAUCAUAGAAAACUUCAUUAAAUCAAAGAAUCCAUCUUUCAAUCCAACGGAUAUAAAAGUUUUUCUUACGAAAAAUGUUAAUGAUCUAGACUUGUCUAAUAUUGAUAGCAAUCGAAAGAACUUAAUAUUGUUUGACGACUGCGUAGCGCAAAGAAAUCAAACUGUUCAACAAGAAUCCUUCACCAAAGGAAGACAUCACAACUGUCACUGCAUAUACCAAUCCCAAUCUUUUUACGGGAUGGAUUCUAUGUUCAUUAGAAAAAAUGCAAAUUGUUAUUUAUUAUUUGAAUUAAACGAUAAAGAUUUAUCUCAAAUCAUUCAGUCUAUAAAUCACGGAAUGGACAGAGAUACAUUUAAAAAGAAAUCAGACGAUUAUGCAGAAGAUUAUCCACCAAUCAUACAAGAAAUAGACGAAUUCGAUGAUAUGGUGGCAUCUGGACAAAGCAUAACGUUUUUAUCCGACGACAAUAAAGAAUUGCUUAAUAGAUUAGAAAUAAUAUUAGCGGCCAUGAAAGAAGGUCAUCGAUCGGACAGACAAUACAACGAAGUCAAUGCCAUAUUAAAACGACUUUUGGAGAAAGAAAUCAUCACUAAAAAAGACUAUAUAAACGUCAUUAAAAAUGUCCAAUAA